UAGUCGGACUUUCGCCUGCGUUUCUAAACCAGAAGUUAUUAUGUUCGUCAGAAAGUUAUGUAAAAUACUAACGCACGUCCCGCCCAUAUUUAUCUGCAUAUCGUUCUUAGUGACCUAUUUCAGUUUGGUGUGUGGACAAUGGAUAAGUGAGUCACGAGAAGCUAUUAUAGUAGAAUCAGCUAACUCGCCAGAUUUCAAACUGAACAAUUCAGUGACAUGUGUUUGUCCGCCUGGUUUACCUGGGCCACCUGGACAAAAAGGUAAUCGUGGGCCACCGGGCGUUCCUGGUAAACCAGGGCGAAAAGGGAAACCAGGACAUCCAGGUGAACGUGGUCGACAAGGCUAUCCAGGAUUUCCAGGAAUUCCAGGACUUAAUGGUGAAGCAGGAGAACCAGGAGAGGAAGGUCAUCCAGGAUUGAACGGUGAACCCGGUUGCACGGGGUAUCCAGGUAGACCGGGCCCAAUGGGACCACCUGGAAAUCCAGGUCCUGAAGGCCCUCCGGGUGUAAUAGGAAUACCGGGAUAUCCAGGCUUUUGUUCGUUUGAUGAGUGGUUAGAUAAUUUAUCCUCACGGGAAAGGAGGAAACUGUUACGCAAAAUUAGAAAGAAAUAUAAGGGCUUGUGAUAAAUGUAUGUAUUUUUUUAUUAAAGUUUGUUUCUUAAGUAA